GGGGAUCCCAGCCCCCUUGGGCGCCGUGGGCACCCGCAGCCCGGAGCUGAAGGGGUUACAGCGGCGGGGUGCGGGUGUCCCUCCCUCGGGGUGUCCCCGGUGCCGGGCAGAGCGGGCGGGAUGGGCUCGGGGGGCGCCGCGGCUGAGCCGCCCCCGGGCUGGCUCCUCCGGGACGAGGCCAGCGGGACGCUCUACAAGCGGGGACGGCUCCUGGGAGAGGGCGCCUUCGGCCGCUGCUACCAGGUGACAGAGGUGACCAGCGGGCGGCGGUACGCGGCGAAGGCCAUCCCGCGAGCCCGGCUGGCGGCUCCGGGCAUCGGGGACAGGGUGAGUGCGGGGGGGACACUCCCCAGGGAGAGGGGACAGCGCCCACGGGGUCCCCGCGGAGCCCCACAGCCCCUGCCCGGGUCUCUGGGUGGGUUCCCGCCCCACCCCGGGGUCGUGCCCGGGGGUCCCCGGAUCCCGAGGGUCCCCCCGGGGCUGCUGUCGGUACAGGUGGAGCGGGAGCGGGAGCUGCAGCGUCACCUGCGCCACCCGCACAUCGUGCGCCUGCACGGGCACUUCGCCGACCGCGGCCACCUCUACCUGCUGCUGGAGCUCUGCAGCCGGGGGUCCCUCGCUGCCAUCGUGCGGACCCGGGGCCGCCUGUCGGAGCCGGAGGUUCGGUUCUACCUGCGGCAGCUGCUCUCGGGGCUGGGAUACCUGCACGGACACGGCCUGGUGCACCGGGACCUCAAACUGAGCAACUUCUUGGUGACGGAGCGGAUGCGGGUGAAGAUCGCGGACCUGGGGCUGGCCCGGCGGGCGGCACCGCCCGGGCGGCGCUGGGGGGCGCUCUGCGGGACCCUCAGUUACCUGGCGCCGGAGGUGCUGGACCGCAGGGGACACGCGGUGCCCUCGGAUAUCUGGGCCCUGGGCUGUGCUGUGUACACGGCGCUGACCGGGCACGCCCCGUUCGAGGCCCGCCGCCGCCCGGAGCUGUUCCGGCGCAUCCGCGGCGCUCGGUACCCGCUGCCGGCCCAGCUCUCGCCCCGCGCCCGCGCCCUCCUCGCCCGCAUGCUGGAGCCCGAGCCCGCGGAACGGGCCAGCCUGGAGGGCGUGCGGGGACACCCCUUCCUCACAGAGGGUUUCACGCCCCGCACGCUGUCACCCCGCGCCUGCCACUCCGUGCCCAUCUUCGUGGGACAGGAGCCCCUGUGCCGGCUCCUGCGGGGGCUGCGGUGCUGGCGGGGGUGUGGCUGUGUCCCUGUCACCUCUGUCACCCCUGGGGGCGGCCGCGCCCCUCCCCGAAGGAGCCGAGGCCGAACAUCCGCGGAGGAAAACCUUUAUUAGUGCUGGGA